AUGGUCCCCGACGUCGGCCUGGUGCCCAUCAGGUUGGUCAAGGGAAACUUGUCCAAGGUGCCCCCACACGUUCAACAGUUCAUUGCUAAAUAUGUGCAGAUCUGUCGUCCAAAAGGAGUCUUCAUAUGUGAUGGCAGUGAUGAGGAGGCCAAAGAAAUGACGGAGAAGCUAGUGGAGCGUGGUACAUUAGUGAAGUUGGAAUCCAUGGACAACUGCUACUUGUGUCGUACGGACCCAGCCGAUGUUGCUCGUGUGGAGAGCAAGACCUUCACAAUCACCAGAGAGAAGUUUUCAACUGUUCCACACGUUGCACCUGGAGUUGAUGGACAACUGGGUAGAUGGAUGAGUCCUGAAGACGCAGAGAAAGAAUUGGGAAGCAGGUUGCCAGGCUGCAUGAAGGGACGUGUGAUGUACGUCAUUCCAUUCAGUAUGGGUCCAGUUGGUGGACCCCUCUCGAAACCUGGCAUCCAGUUGACUGAUUCUAACUACGUGGUCUUGAGCAUGAGAAUCAUGACGAGAGUGUCAGGUGAGCUCUUCAAAGUGAUUGGAGAACAAGGGGAGUUUGUGCAAUGUGUUCAUUCUAUUGGAGCUCCUAGACCUGUUGAGAGAAAGGUGAUCAACCACUGGCCAUGCAAUCCUGAACGCAUCAUCAUCUCCCAAUUUCCUGACGAACGCAAGAUUGUGUCGUACGGAAGUGGCUACGGAGGUAACUCACUGCUUGGAAAGAAAUGUUUUGCACUGAGGAUUGCUAGCUGCAUGGCGAGGGAUGAAGGAUGGUUGGCUGAACAUAUGCUCAUCAUGAGCGCCACCAGCCCUGAGGGCAAGGAGCAUUUCAUUGCAGCUGCAUUCCCAAGUGCAUGCGGAAAGACCAACAUGGCCAUGCUGACUCCAACUCUGCCUGGCUGGAAGAUAAAGUGUGUUGGGGAUGAUAUUGCAUGGAUGAGAUUUGACAAGGAUGGUCGUUUGAGAGCCAUCAAUCCUGAGGCAGGCUUCUUUGGUGUAGCACCUGGAACCAACACGAAGACCAACCCAAUGGCUAUGGCUACAUGCAGCAAAAAUACCAUCUUCACUAAUGUGGGCAUGACCUCCGAAGGGGGAGUGUACUGGGAGGGUCUCGAAAGAGAAGUUGAUCCCGAUGUUGAAGUUUCAGGGUGGUUGGGUGAUCGCAAGAAGAUUGGAGAUUUCAAAAAGUCUGGCAUCAAGGCAGCACACCCCAACUCUCGUUUCUGCACGCCAGCCAGCCAGUGUCCCAUCAUUCAUCCAAGAUGGGAAGACCCAGAGGGAUUCCCCAUUGAUGCCAUCAUCUUUGGAGGCAGAAGACCUGAGGGAGUGCCAUUGGUGUUUGAAUCAUUUGACUGGAACCACGGUGUUUUGUUGGGAGCAGCUUUGAAGUCUGAAACAACGGCUGCUGCUGAGCACAAGGGCAAGGAAAUCAUGCAUGACCCUAUGGCAAUGAGGCCAUUCAUGGGUUACAACUUUGGUGACUACUUGAGACACUGGAUUGACCUGAACAAGCCUGGCCGUAAAAUGCCCAAGAUCUUCCAUGUGAACUGGUUCAGACUGGACAGCAAUGGAUCUUUCUUGUGGCCUGGUUAUGGAGACAACAUUCGAGUCAUUGACUGGAUCUGCAAACGUGUUGAUGGCCAGGACAACGUUGCCAUUGAAUCUCCCAUUGGCUACCUACCGACUGAAGGUAGCAUCAACAUGGACGGACUCAACGAUAGCUACAGAACGCCACAAAACUGGCAGAAGCUCUUCAGCCUGCCAAAAGAUUAUUGGGUGGAGGAUGUUCGUGAGACGAGGCAGUUCCUCGAUUCACAAGUCGGCAUCGACCUUCCAACUCCGAUCAUCAAACAGAUGGAUCUCUUGCAGGAGAGGAUUGCUCAGAUGUGA